CGUAUCUUUGAUGAUUUCCUGCCGCGCAUACGAAAUUUAAAUUGUGCGUCAAAUUCGAAAGGAAAAUAACCUGGCUGAUUAUUGGCUCUUGUUUUAUUUUAGUAUCUAACAAUAGCUUGGUUCUGAACUGUUCAUUUGUUAAACGUGAAAUAAUGAAAGCUCACCGAGACUCUCAGCAGAGGCGACGAGUGUCUGUUGUCAGUUACAUCCACGCGACAAGUGGUCGCCUUCGCAGACCACCCAGGGUGGAAAGACAUGCACCAGCUCGCCGCUGUAGCCCAAGCAGUGGAAGAGCUAAUCAACUUUUGCCAGCUGUACUCUCUCAAGAUGAUGUGGAGCCUGAGGAACCUCAUGCUGUUAGUACCAGUAGAAGCUGUAGCUGUUCAAGUGUUUCCACAUACAGAAUGCGUGUGUGUGACAAAACAAGAUUGAGGCACUCUGUUGAAGCAGCUGCUUCAACAAACAAACGUACCAGAGAAACUCAAGCAUCAAACAGUAUACCUUCUGCAGUUGCACAAGAUUUGGCAGCAUGUUUGCCACCAGGGGAUCAACGCCCGUACGACAGCUCACGGUACGCCCCAAACGAGGCAGGGGAUGACGUGCUGAGCUACAGUGUCCUGCCUGCUGAAAUGUUGCCUUUUACUGCAGAAAGGCACCGAGCAUAUGACAAGUCUAAAUAUUAUGACGCUACCCCCAGAGAAGUUCCUGUUUUGAGGAACCAGAUGGCGCUGCAGUUAAGGGAAGAAUUGGAGCAGUGGAGGAGGUCUCAGGCUAGCUCUGUUCAGUCACUUGAAGAGCAGUACCCUCAGUGGGCAGACUGGAGGGCUGAUAUCCUACCACAGACAAGAAAGAAACGACCAUUGAGUGCACCAGAAGUUCGCACAAUGUUCAGAGGUGGAGAGAGUGGGAGCUUAAGAAGAUGGUUAAUAGAAAAAUAAAAAAGGCGUUCUUAUGCUGAAUUGGAUGACUUGACUGGAAUAGUAGUCAAUAAU